AUGAGUGAUACGUCAAGCGACUUUAAUGAUCUGGACGUUCCUGAUGAUGACUCGGAGUAUAACUACAUUCCAGGAAACUUUUACGAUUUUGAAUGCGAACCUGGAGCUCCCGAAAGUGACGGCGAAACUGAUGUCAACAUUCGCGGCGUUGAGCCAUAUUGCAACGAGCCUUUAGCCGAUCAAAAAUGGCUUGAAGGCUACAAUAAACGCCAGAAAGAAAAGGAAGAAGAACUGGGUAGAUUAAAUGAUCGUUUAACUGGUAAAGAAACAAUUAGUAAUUGGUGCAAUUGCGGUCACUGUGAUGUCAAGUUUCUACAAAACGCUUACGAAUGCUGCUGUUGCAGUGACAUGGAGUCAUGCAUCGAAGCUUUACGAGACGAAUGGGUGCUACAAGAAUUCAAAUCGCAUCCACAAUGUAUCACUCUCCAUCCUGCCUACAAAAAUACUUGUCUAGAGAGAUGGUCGUUAAGACUUGGAAAAUACAGGACAAUCGACAAAAAAGCUUAUCAUAAAACUGGAUCUGAAGAAGCGUUCAUGAGAAGUGUGGCAUAUAGAGAAUUUAUUCACUUGGUGUAUGAUAGAGUGGGUAAAAACAGGAUCCCUCUUCCCGCUUGUGCCUACCAUUCUAUACGAAAGAAGUUUCAAGCUAAAGACGGCGAAAAUUUCACAGGUUUCCAAGAAGAUGAAAAUGAUGAUACUCAAACGCAAUAA